AAAAGUCAUUGGUUAGAAGGCUGCAGCAGAGUAUACUACAAAAUGUCCCUCGGUCGACCAUCUCAGGCUAUCUUUCUGCAGCCACCAGCGCAGACGAGCGCUCCUUUUGCCAACCGCCCGUUGCCUGUCACAUCUGUCACAGUUCAUCCGAUCGCACUCUUCUCCAUCCUCGACCACUACCUCCGGAGAGACGAGAAGCAAGAGAGAGUCAUUGGGACUCUCUUGGGAUCGCGACAGGAUGGAGAAGUUGAGGUGAAGAGCGCGUUUGCAGUGUUGCACGCCGAGACGGCGGAGAGGGUGGCCGUGGACAUGGACUACCACAGGACGAUGUUGGAGCUGCAUCAGAGAAUCAACCCGAGGGAGGUCAUUGUUGGAUGGUACUCCACCGGCGCCAAUCUGAACACUUACUCCGCUCUCAUCCAAGGAUCCUUCUACCAACACGAGACCGCGCCGCAUCCCGCUAUCCUUCUUUCGCUAGACACCGACGCAACCGAGGGUCAGCUUGGUGUUAAGACUUACCUCAGCGCCCCUGUCGGGGUUACGCCAAAACUCGAGAACUGCGUGUUUACCCCAGUUCCAUGCACACUCAGGUAUUCUGCUGUGGAAAAGGGAGGUUUGGAUCUCUUGACUAAUGCGGCCUCGUCUUCGACGCAUCUUUCUCACCCGGAACGAGAAAUGGAAGAGCUGGAGAAUGCGAUCACUGACGUGGUCAGCAUGCUCGACCGUGUCCUCGCAUAUGUGCAAGCCGUGCUCAAGGGCGAACGGAAAGGUGACCCAGCGAUUGGGCGCUACCUGCUAGACACGCUGAGCGCCGAGGGGCCGGUACUGGGUCGCAAAGGCGCGGAGGCGCUCGUGGGAUCCCAGCUACAGGACACAAUUAUGGUUUCCUACCUGGCGAGCUUGGUCAGGAGUCAGGCAGAGGUGUCAUCCCGCCUUGCCUUGGUUACGUAGUGUUGUACUAUUGCUGGUCUGUAGGCGUAGUGGCCUAUGUGCAUGGUAAUGUUCAUCCCGUC